AGAAAGCGGUGAGACGAGGCCAUCUUUCUCCCCGACCACUUUCUCCUCACCUCACGUGUGUGGGUUUAGCAGUUUCGGCCCACCACCACCAACUCUCCACUCAAUGCCACCACCACGUUGAAGGAGAGAAUGUUAUGUAUAUAGGCAGUAGCAAUGCAUUGGGAGGAUAUCGCACCAAACCAACAACACAACUGGUUGCACGGCCAACAAAACCAAGAAAAAGACGACGAGGACAAAAGAGAAAGCACACCUACUCAACACUACCACCCACCCCCCACACCCACUCCAUUACUUGUCAUUAUGGAAUCCGAGGACUAUCUGCCCUUUAAGAAAUUUCCACUGGGAUGUUCCCAUUACUGAAUGAAUAAACAGCUCAAUUUACUCAUGACUGGUGGUGGCGUUGCUUCAAAAAUUGGAAGAUGAUGAUGGCAGGCCAUGAUCCUGAAAGACAUAAUGUCACCUCAGCAUCUGCCGAAUUUGAUGCUCCAGUGGCAGCUCUGCGCCCAUCUUCACAAACGAUGCUUUCAACUAUGCUGAAUCCCAUAAAAAUUAUUCCUACAGAAAAUGGUUUACCUCGGGAUUGGCGUGGUUUAGCAGAAUUGGCAGGAAUAUCCUCCGAGAUAAUUUCAUUUCUUCAUACCAAGCAAGACCCCAUGGCACAGUUGAUACAGCAAUGGUGCAAAUCGCCUGAAUCACAAUGCAAAUUAUUUAGCGACUUGAAAGCAUUUUUAGCCGUUAUUGACCGAUUCGAUGUGGUUGAUGACAUUCAUCCGUUGUUGGCUAGUGAUGCAGAGGCGUACAAAGUUGCACAGAAUUCACAAUCAACUGCGACCGCACAAAUGAAUCCUGCGUAUGACAAUAGUAUUAUUACAAUAGAGGACAGUGAAAGGAUUCAUAAAAAUCUUCCCUUGACAAGAUACGACGCAUUUAUUUUGUUUGCUGAUGAAGAUUCAGGGUUUGCAGGUCAAGUAAUCGAAAAAUUAGAACAAGAAUAUAAACUCAAGUUAUGCGUUAAAGAUAGAGACUUGCUCCCUGGCAUUAUGUUCGAAAAUGAAGUGAUAGGAAGACUUAUCGAAGAGCGUUGUAACCGAUUUCUUGUGAUAUUAUCACCAAACUUUUUAAAAAGCUCUGCCAACAAUUUUUUAAUAUCGUACGCUCAGGCUUCUGCUUUAGAAUCAAGAGCACGGAAGAUAGUCCCAUGUGUAUAUCAAGAGUGCCAGUUACCACCAAGUAUUCGUUAUGCCUUCUCCAUUAAAUAUGGGCGUUCAGGAACAUUGUACAAUUUUUGGGACAAAUUGAGCCAAUCUAUAAGAACACCCAGGUCAGAUGUUGCUACUUCUACCUCCACACCUAGUCAAAAACUCGUAGGACCACUUUCUGACGAUGACGCCUUCAAAUGGUGGGACUCGGAAAAGAAGGUGCCCAAGGAUCCUUCUGUUGAUUCUCCGCCUCCAUCCUAUAACUUUGCUACUGGAGCGGAUAUGUCAAAAUUAAAAAUCAAAGGGAACAACAGCAUUAGCUCCGAUACUUUCUCCAUCAACUCCAACACCCACCUCUUAUCUUCAGAAAAGAAGAAAAAGUGGUAUAAAUUUAAGAACCCAAUUAAAGGAAAAAAUAAACAAAAAGGCCUCGUUGAGAAUAAACAAGCAAUACCUGAGUAGUGGUAAAAUGAAAUGCAAGUUGUGAUAAUUUGUGCUCAAUCUUGGUGUAUACGUUUUCCGUAUUAAUAGACAACUAUUUUAUGCUAAUAAAUGAUUCCCACACAA